CCUGCCAACCCUCAGUGCAGGUUAGACAGUGAGGAAGAGAGGAUUGACACGUCGCUUCUGAGUGCACACGGAGGCUUUACAACAGAACACGGACUAAUUUAUUGCCAUUCACUCACACAACCGGACUAUCGAGACUCUAUUGGGACUAAAUACGCCGUCGGGUAGGUGCUGGAAAGGCGCCUGCGGGGGGAUUUCUCUGGUGCCGUCGUCUGCUGCUGGAUCUGCCCACCUUUGCACAGCUGAUUUCGACAGGCAGGCGAAGAAGGCUGCCAGGUGACUCGUCUGCUCCGGCGGUAGGGGUGGAGGUGCAGGUGAAGGUUGUGGAGGUGGUGGUGAUGGUGGAGGAAGAAGAGGAGGAGGAGGAGGACCAGUGAAAGACGAGCGCGGGAACCCCAGUCUCUUGUUGCUACCCAGCCGCUGCCUCCCUUCCGUCCCUGCAUGGCCCUGAUGAUGAUGAUGAUGAUGACUUAUGCAGGCGGGCAGACAAGCCGCAUCGAGGGCUCGGGCGGCAUGGUGGUAGGCGGGCACAGUGGCGGUGGUGCAGGGGGCAGUAUUACCACGACGGCCCACCAGACUGUGUACCCGAGCCAUGGCCCCCCAGCACCCACGCCCACUGCCGCCUCCUCCUCCUCGUCUGCCUCCUCGCUCGGUCAGUCCCUAAGCGAGUCCCUCUUCUCGUCCCUCAAGAGCUUCUACGAGAGCAUGACCAAUAAUUUCUCGGAGGCGUGCCGGGCUAACUGCUCAGGGCGUGGCGAGUGUCUCAAUGGAACCUGCGUGUGUCUGGUCCAGUAUGAAGGGGACACGUGCCGGGAACCCAACCUGGCGUACUUCAUUAGCUUCGCCACCGUGUUCUACCUGAUCGCCGCCGUGAGCCUGGCGCAGCUGGUGGUGUGCGUGCGCGCAGAGUAUAUGCGGCAGAAGGCUCCCUCCCUCCGGCGUGCGUGUCGCGUCACCACACAGAAGAUGCUUUACGUCAUCACCUUCGUCGCCGCCACCCUCCGCGGGGCCUACUUCUCCUCGCCCGCUAACGCUGACCUCAAGUUGGCGCCCUCCUUCGUCAGCGCCUUCUACCCCAUCAUCCUCAGCGGCGGCUCCCUCAUCGUCUGCUUCUGGGCCGAGGCCUUCCAUCUAAGGGACAUCAGAUGCGACCGGCCACGGUUCCUGAGCAAAUCGUUCUGCGGGUUCCUCACCUUCAACGUGCUCACCUACUCCCUCCUGGUGGCUGAGAUCGUCCUCACGCGGCAGACGAUCACACUGGAGGAGCGGAGCUUCUUCACACACAUCUUCAAUGGGUGUUAUGCCGUGCUGCUGUUCAUCGUGGUGGUGUUUUUCCUCAUCUAUGGGGUGGAGGUGUACUUCAAGGUGCGUGGGGGCUUCGUUGACGACACCAUAAUUGUUGGGCACGUCCAUUCCCGCACUCCUCCCCAGGACCUUCUCAACCAGUCCCUCCCUCCCCUCCUCAACUCUAUAGACUCUGAUCUUACUCCCUCCUCCUCCUCUUCCUCCCUUCCAAGUGAGCCAUCCACCUCCUCCUCCUCCUCCUCCUCUUGCUCCCCUUUAACCUCCCUGACUCCUCUCACACCGUCCUCCCCUUCCAAAAAGAAACGUAUAGCAAAGUCCACCAAUGCGGGCAAGCCCACUGAAGAGCAAGACCCCUCCACCCAGCGCCUUGUGCCGGAGCAGCUGCAGGUCACUGGUAAGGUGCGAGGUGAGUCAACCCCCCAGCAAGGCAUUGACCAGUCGCAGCUCCAUCAGUCCAGGUUUGGUCUGGUGUUCCAAGCCUGCAUGUUGAUGAUCACCGUCUGCUUCCUCUUCUCAGACGUGCUUGGGGGAUUUUGGAAGAACAGGGUUCCCUUAAUGUCGAGAAAUGCGUACGACAUCAUAUUCCGCGUGGUGGAGCUUGGGGUGGCCUUGUGGUUCCCUUGUGUCUUGUGGAACUGCAUGUCUCCAGAGCAACUAUGGAUCCUCAAUCCCAAGAAAAUCCUCAAGAAGCUGGACAUGGACCGAUCACUGGAGCUAGGACAGACGGUGCAGCAGAAGUCUGAGGGAGUGUCAGGUGAUGGGAAUGCUGAGUGCUGGAUCUGCUACGACACUGAACGCACUGAUGCUGGGCAGAUGAUCCAACCAUGUGACUGCCGGGGCGACGUUGGGGCUGUACACCACAAUUGCCUCCGAAAGUGGCUCAUGGAGUGUGCAGAGAACUCUUCUGAGAACCUGUCUUGCAAGGUGUGUGGGGCUGUGUACCAGCUGGAGCGUGGCCGUGCCUGGUGGAUUGGCCAAGGCUUCACCACCCGCCACUGGCUGCAGACUGCCUCACUGGUCACCGUUAUGUGUGGCACCAUCGCAGGUGCCUGGACACUCAUUCAGAUGUAUGAGGAUGCUUACAUUCGAUCCCUGGCAGCUGGAGCCACUCUUCUCAUCAUCUACGUCUGCCUAAAGUUCCUAGGCUUCAACACAUUCAGUGCUUACCAGCGUGCUCGGUACUCCGCUGUGAAGAUCCUGGGGCGACACUUUGCCCAGCGGGAACCAUGUAGUGGGCCCAUAGAGGCAGCAGCAGCAGCAGCAGCAGCAUCACCACCACCACCACCACCACCCACCAAUGUUGCCACCAUCAGCUCUGAGGUGUUGGUGGACAUGAAUGCCACAGGUCUUCCCAAGAUGCCUGAAGCUACCAUUUGAAACUUGAGCUGAAGCCUUGGAGAUGUCUGCAUCUAUUCUACUAUGUGAAUAAGCUGCAAAUUAAGACAAUGUAUCUGCUGUGCGUGCAUGAGAGAGAGAGAGAGAGAGAGAGAGAGAGAGAAUUAGUGACUCCAAUUGCUGGCUGGUUCUGCUGUCAUGCUCUGUGAUGGAAUGCUGGCAUUCAAGAUAUCCAAAGAAAACCAAAAGUACCAUAAUGUAGUACACAGUUCCCUCCUAUAUUUUUGUUGGAUACACUUGCUCCCACUCCUUGACAGUGUGAUAUGUGACUGCUUGCUAAAGUGAAGCUUGUGGCAACGCAUGGGAAUGGCUGCCAGGACUCAAACUUCCCUCUGAAGCUCCUGACAAGGACAUAUGAGGAUCGGGUGCUGCCUUCCCUCUGAGUGGUAAUGGUGUUGAUGGAACUCAUUAAUGAAGAGUGAACAAUAACAUGACGGGUCUGGCAUGGAAAAUAAUCAAGAGCAAAUUGACUGUCAUCUGUGGUGUUACUCCUAUCAUAUAUUUUCUUGAAAUUGGUACUUUGUGUAUUUUAUAUACUUACCAGUUGAACGUUAUGCACUGAUGUUCAUCCUUGAUAGAAGUAUUCAGAAAUAUUCAUCUCCUAAUGUUCAUUCGCACAUCACUUGUACACAGACAUCAGACAUGCUUGCUCAACGCACAACAUGUUUACAUUUCAGGCACACGCAUCAUCAUCCACAAUGCAGAAUACUGACAAACGAAUCACAUAUUUUGCAUAAUUAUCAUUUUCAUGUGUAAUUAAAACAAAUAUGGAGAGUCCAAUUAGAAUAAGUUACAAUUUUCAUCAUUACAAGUUUAAUGAUUGCUGUAUGUUUGCUGCUGUUGUCAGAUAAAUAGGCCGACUUAAUACCAUCCAUGUUGCAUGUCAUUUGUGUCAUGUUUACAUUCAGAUCUUUGCAAAAUGCCAAAAAAGCAGACGCUACUAUUUUCAUGAACCUGCUGCCAAUCUAUGAGGGUUUGCUUGUUCAACCAUGUGGUGUUGUGCAUGUUUCAAGAAUCUUGUUCACUUCUUAAGUAAGAACAGAGUAUAAAGCAGGUGAUCAGUCUCUUCAGUGAAAGUUGUUCACAGAAAUAGUAUAGUUGGCUUUUUCUGAACGCUCGUGCACGUGUCUGUCCAUCAGUAGUAACACUUAGUCGUGACCAUAGCAGACUAGUAGCCAAGUGGCAGCUGUAAAUAAGAUGGAGAUUCUGUUGUUUGUUCUCUAAAGUGCAUUAGAUGUAGGACACUCAUAGAAGAAUUUAAUUAAAGUAUAUUUGGACAUGAAAAGUGAAACAUCUAGUUGAAGAGCUUAGAGUAUGAAAAGUUUAAGAUCACAAAUUAAAUGGAAAUGUUGAAGAUGCUUUGGUACUUCCUAUCCCUCGUAGGAUGGAUCUGUCGACAGGUUUUGCAUGCUGUUUAUUAGCGAUCGUACAUAUACUGGCAAGCUCUGAAAAGCAGGCAGAUAUUUUGGCUCUAUAAGAACCUUGCAUAUAAUCAUGAAUACCAGAGAUAGGUUGUGAUAAUGGCUUUAAUUUAUUCUGUAUUAUCUUCAUGCAUAAGUUUAUGCUUGUAUUGUCUUCUUGGGAUUCACUUAGACACGUUUGUAAAGUAACACUCAGAUGAUUGAAACAUAUGUGUACUGUGUGGCCAGAAUCAUUUUGUGUGAGGACAAAGUAAGGUGUUUUAUUGGUACUGUAAAACUUAUGUCUUGGUCUCCCCAGCACGUAACUUACACAUAAUUUAACAUUUUUUAGAUGAGUUAAAUAUACAAAUAACAAGUAUAUACAUCGUAAGGCAGAAUAUUUGUGAAAGUAUGAAGCUUUGUAUAUCAUGCAUAUGUAAGAGUAGCAGGCACAAAGUUAUAAUGCCUCAGAAAUUAAUAUAGUGUUGGUUUAACUAACUGGUAAAAAAAAGUGGAGAACAUAGAAUACAUAAAUGUAGGUGAUCAAGAAAAUAACAGAAAUCAUGAAGGCUGAUGUAUUAAGUAAAGAGGCUAAAGAAAUCUGAGAACUGCCUACUUGGAUUGGUUGAAAUAGUAUGGAAAUGCUCGAAGGGACAACAAUGAGCACUGUUAUUACAUAUUUUUUUUUUUUUUUUUUUUUUUUUUUUUUUAUAGUGUCUGUUCCAGUCUACUUGUCCUUCAUUACAGAGAUGUUGAGACAGCAUUUCAGUAGUCAGUUAGGUGUCCUAUGUGUUUGGCCACAGCUUACUACAAAGGAGUUAGUGGAGCUUUUAUAAAGUUCCUGACCCGUUGUAUUCAACUGAACAGUUGGUCUUCAGACCUAAGAAGCACAGUGUAUGGUCUGGUCUGGGAGGAUGUGUGAAGGCUUAACCCAGCAACGGAGGGUGGUAUCCUUUUAAGUUGAUGCAACAGCUGCUUGGCUUGACCUUGCCUUCUAUGACUUAGGAUUAUAUGGCUUUAUCACACAACUGUAUUUUACAUGCCAAUAUUUCAGAAGUAUUUGGUAGAGAUGCCAGUUUCUUCUCCUGUCAUCUACAUUUGCUACAAGUAAUUAUCCCAUUGCCAUCACUAACAAGGGUACUCAUCUGGCUCCCUCCUGUACAAUAGAUAUUCUUGAAAUUUGAUAGCUCAUAUAGUUAACUUCUGUGAAGUUGGAUGUAUACUGUACUUUCUCUGCCAGCUGUACCCCUUCCUCAAAUACUACUGUCCUAUUGGAAUGGACUAUGUACACACCAUUCUCCUCAUGUAGUGGUAUUCAGUAGGCUUUCUCAUUUAUUUGCAUCUUGGCCUGUCUCCACUUGUGUAAAGAAGCACAGAGAGCAAGCUGUGUAGUCAAGCCAAUGAAUAGGUUUUCAUAUUGAUCAGUUUGUUUGUCAGUCAGAUUUUUUUUUUUUUUUUUUUUUUUUUUCUUGAAUGUCUCAGUUACAUUGUUAUCAGAAAUGCACAGGUGUGGGUGCCCAGAAUGAGGCAUCUGUCACACUAGCCUGGUAUAUUGUGUGUGUUAUCUGACUGAAUUGUUUGCUUUCAGUAAAUGGUAGGGCUGCACUUUUAAUUAUAUAUUUUUUUUGUUUAAUAAUAUAUGGAUAGCAAGCAUAGCAUGGGGGAAUAUAACAUGAUAAAAACUGGUAAAGGAAUUGCUGAUUUGACAUCCUGUUAGGUCUGUGAUAGUGAUUUGUAGCAGAAUUACAUGAUACCAAGUUGGUACUUGUAUUAUUUGUAUUUAAGUGUUAGUUAUAGUUGACAUAAGCUUUGUUUGUGAGAGACCCGGAUUGUAUUUGAUGGUAAUUAAAUUAUGUGAAAAGGAUACAAAAUCAAUGUUCAAACAAACAAUAACAAGGCUGCUUGUGAUAUUAAGUAAGGCUGAUAAAGAUUAAAUUUAAAUCAGGCUGCACCUUAACAAAUUGUUGAUGUCCUCACUAUUCAUACAUUUAGAAUACAUUUUCAUUUUUUUAUAAGUAUCUUCUGUAAAAAAAAUUCUUUGUCCAAUAUUCCACCUUCCUGCCAGGUAGUAUGUAAGGGCACCUGUGGUAGUAGUUCUCCUCCCCUUCAUUGUUGUGUUUCCUCAGUGAGAAAACUAAUGUUGUGGGAAAGGUGAUCAUGAACAUCAGUGAUUUUUAAUUUGAAUGUAGUUAGCAGUGGGUAUACAGUGAUAUGCACCAUUCCAUAUAUUUAAUACUCAUCAAAAAGAAAAAAAAUUGCUUUGGAAAGUUGAGCUGAAGUAUAAAGAUGAACUAUUGUUUGAAAUAUUUCAUUUACAUAAUUGAGCAAAAUUUUUCAAAGCAAUUUUUUCCUUACAUGAAGAGUCAUCAGAAUGGUGUGUACAAAUUGGUGGACAUUGGAAUUGUAUGAACAAAUUGGUGAAGACACCUUGCAUGGCUUUGAAGAAAAUAGGAUGUGGACUUUCAGAAGCAGAGCAAGCACACAUGUGUAUCACUGUUGUAGAAAAUAUUUACUGAACCAUGAGAGAGGACAGAAAAUUGAUUCCUAAAUCCAUGAAACUCAAUGAGUUAAAGAAGAUGUGAACUUUUCUGAAAAUUUCAAGCAUAUUUGCAUAUCACUGUUUUACUAAAUAUAUGCUGACUCAUGAGGAAAGAAGACCAAAUAAUAAAUAAAAGACCUGGCAAGUUCCACACUGUUUAAGGCUCAGGUCCACUUUUGGUGUUUAAGAAAUGAUUAUUAUUAAGAGCAUGGUUGAAAUCUGUAACUUGAUGACCACAGUUUUCUCUCAUAGGAGUCUUUAUAUUAAUAUUAACCUAUCUUAUACAGCAAUACCUUGAUUUGCUGGACUCAGAAAAUCCUGACAAAAUUGUCAAGUUAAAAGGAAGUUCAGAAAUUCAUAUUUGUCCACCUUUACAGAGCGAAUGUUCACAUUCGCCAGUUUCCAGUCGUGCACAUCAGCUAUUUACCUCAUAUAUUUAUCAACAGUGCUGUUUGUUUCACAUAAGAUGACUUAAUACUUAAUUUCAAUGUUUAAAGUGUGUUAUAUAGUUUUUGUGCAUUUACAGUGUUUAUAUUCCAGUCAUUGCAUUCAAUAUACCAUGUCUAAUUUUCCACAUCAGUUAAUUUUGUUCCUCUAUUUUGCCGUAUGAAACUUUUGAUUUCUGCCAAUGUCAGACAUGGCCUCCUCCACUCUAAACCUGGAUUCAAGGUAUGCUGUCGUCACUUAUCAGUGAAGGUGCGCUGUGCCACACAAUUUUUUUUUUUUUUUUUCUCUCUCAUGAGGUAAAUCAACCUUAACACGAAUAAAUAUUAUGUUUAUGUGGAAUAUCUAUGAGUGGCUGUCUUAAGGAGAAACUGUGUGAAUGACUUAACAUGUCAGAUGAGAAAUUUCUAGGUAUUCCAGUUUUGAGCUUCCUCAGGACUACUUUGUGUCUGCCAGUUUAUACAUGUCACUCUACAUGUAUACUCCGUGUCCUCUGAAUAUCCUUGCAGAAUCACCACACUUUUCCUUUAAUAAUAUAACAUCUUUCCUUCAAGAAACUUCCCGUCUCCAUUUGAUCUAACCACCGUUAUAACUUACUGCUCAUUCAUAGAUCACCACUGUGUCUUCCCUCUACCGAGCUGCCUACUCCAUCUUACCUCCAUAGAGUAUCGCAUCUUUUCCACACAUCACUGUGUCUCCUUUCCUCCAUCUGGCCAUGGUGCCAUAUGGCCUCUGAUGCCUGGCACAUUAUGUUCUAUUAACUCGCAUCUUCCAUUUGAUCUAAUCAUCCUAUUAUAGUUACAGCUCUCUCCUGUACCACUGUGUUUUUUUUCCUUUACUCCCACUGUCUACUCCAUCUUACCUCCAUGCAUUACCGUAUCUUUUCCACAUAUCACCGUGUCUCAUGCCCUUCACCUUCUACCUCCAUCUGACCACGAUGCCAUAUGGCUUCUAAUGCAUGGCACAUUUUAUUUUCUCAUUAACUCACUUCAGUUAGUAUUCAUAAAAAAAUUAAAAAAAGCUGAAUUACUUUUGUCAAAAUAUUGACAAAUUAUUUUGACAGUAGUUCAUUUCAUGCCUUCGGUCAAUUUUCUAGGGUAGUUUUCUUUUUCUGAUAUGAAUAGAAAUUGGAAUGGUGUGUAUAAAGUGGCAAACAUACCCUGCCCUCACUGAGGAGGUGCACUUGUUCUUUGAAAUAAUCCAGAACUUUUGGGGAAUCACACAGUGUCCCUAUGCAUUGUACAUCUGCCAGCAAAAAUUCCCCUCUACUUGUGAGUGGUGUUUAAUGAAUAUCAAGGAAACUCAUCUUCCUCUGCCUGCUCCCACUCUCUUAUAGGAUUGUCAGUGAGUGGGACACAGGGAGGAGUUGCAAUCCUGCCAUAUUUACCAAGUGCUACUCAAGGAGUGGAAUUCCUGCCAGUGGUUGUACUACUGUUGAGGAAAACUAAUUGGAGGUACCCCUACUGUCAGCUUACCUCUUGCUGUAUACCUCAUAAAUUAUAUCAUAAUGGAAGAUAACUUGGUUCCUUGGUGUGCAGGUUCCUCAGUGAGAUUACUUUGGAUGAUGCUGUAGUGUGUCCCAGCAACUCUUACAAAGGAUUGCUCACAGUAUGGCAACAGCUUCCUCAAGUCAUUCCUCCAGGGUAUGUCGUGACAUGUCCUGUAAAUAUGUUUUGAUCCACACGGGCUAAAGAAUGCAAUCAAGUGCUCCUUUUAACACCAUGUUAUAGUUCAUUGAUAAUGACCAAAAACUUAAUUACGCAAUGGCUCAAUUCAUAGUGCCACGUUAGAAAGACGUCUAGAGGCAGAGGAAGGAAGUUGUUGGCAUGGAUGAGUUUUGUUAAUGAGUCACUGGGAUGGGCUGUAGUGAAGCUUUCAUUUAGUGUUGUUCCUUUCUUCCAGCUGUCACCAAUACAUCAUAUUUUAUCUACAGCAGACUUUAUGUACACUGAUGCUGAGGUGUAUCAUAUAUUCUUGAUAUAUUAGAAUGUGGGUUUACUAAUGUUUUGCAUUUUAAAUCAUUACAAAGUUGUCUUACUAACAAAUAACUUUUAAAGCAUUCCCAAACUUUUAUCAAGACAAAAAAUGCAAGUAGAGGGUAAGUCUGAAAGGGAAUAAGAUGUACAUUUUAUUCAUAUUGCUUAAUCAGAUUGUUCGUGCAUCGUCACUACAUGUAGACAUACAUGAUAUACACAUAUGACCGUGCAUGUACCUUAUAUUUUGCUGUAUCUGUAACAACUGGUCCCUGGAGCAGGAGAUAGUCCAGGCUCUACCACUUAUUUAUUUUCCUAGAAAUCUGUGACUGGAGAAGGUGUCAGCCUAGGAGAACAGGGUUUAUUGAUCUUCAGUAUCCCCUCAACAUGUCUCAUAAUGUAGAGACUUCCGUCAUCAAUAAUAGCUAUUUCAAGAG